CUGAUUUUUGUUUUGUAUUACGCGACACAAAAUAAAUUGUUGAAAUUCUAAGAUUUUAAAAUGGCAUAUAUAUUAAGUCAGUUUACCAAGCCAAGUCCUCCUUGUUUCAGGUCUUUAAUGAGAGCUGCAAAUCCAAUAAGACACUUGGCUACCGCUUCAUCUAAAUCUGCAGAGAACCAGCAAAUCCAAGUCAGCGAGAGUUGCUUGAAACGUUUGCGUGAAAUCUGUACAGACGGCUCUUUUCUGCGCGUGACUGUCGAGGGCGGUGGCUGUUCUGGAUUUCAAUAUAAAUUCGACUUGGACUCGAAGCUCAAUGACGACGAUCGACAAUUUGGGGAGGAUAAGGCCAAGGUGGUGAUUGAUACCAUCUCGUUGGACUAUUGUAAUGGAGCGACUGUGGACUAUCACAGCGAGUUGAUUCGAGCAGGAUUUCGUAUGAUAGCCAAUCCACUGGCCGAGCAAGGGUGUUCCUGUGGCUCUUCGUUCUCAAUUAAACUAUAAAAAUUUACUAGUACUUGCUGUUAAACUUUAGUGAAAUAUUUAAUACACUAACACAAAAACAUA